AUGGCUCAUGUGAAUCGCUUUUAUGAAAUCCCAAUGUCCAAGUCCAUGAGAGGUCUGUGCAAAGAGGAGGACUACACAUUUUUGGGCAACUCCAGAAACUUCUGCAAAGAGCCCACAUCUGCCUCACAGGAGGAGGAGUGGGAUUCCCGUCGGGAGGAUAGGCUUCGCAGACAAAUGCAGAGAGAAGAGAAGGAAAGAGAGCGAUUGAGACAAAUUGAGGAAAGCAGGAAGGAGAAGGAAGAGCGCUGGAGACAUCACGUCGCAAAACUCACCUCCAGUCAAGAGAAAACACUGCAGCAAAGACUGGACAGGAUCAGGACAUUUAGGAUUACUGACAAAACAAGUUAG